CUGGGCAAAGAUGGCUGCAUUUCCAAGCUGAUCCCUACAAAAGCUUUCCGCCUUUACGCGAAUCUGGGCAGAGAUCGUUAUUCCUUUGUGUCGCUUCAAGUGAACGCGGUCGUGACGGAGAACGGAACAGGUAUCCAGAAAUCAACCAAUGACUAUGCCUCAGUCUACCAAGCCAAAAAGACUGUAUCUCUGGAGCAUAUGGAUUCACACUAUAAAAGACAAAUUCCAUACACUGGACAGAUACGGCUGAGAGAUGAGGAUGACGUCCCCAUUCCCAAAGGGCUGGUCUUCGUGGAGCUCGAAGGGCAGGUUGUGGCAAACUACACCACAGAUGAGAACGGCACUGCUCGGUUUUCCCUUGACACCUCCGGCCUCUUCGAGCCUCGCUACAAACUGAGGAUUUUCUACCAGCCAGAUCAAUGCACUGAGUAUGGGUGGCUCGAAACAGAGCAACCGGAAGCCGUUCGCUACCUCUUUCGCUUCUUCUCCCGGACUGACAGCUUUGUGAAGAUAGAGCCCGUGUUGGAAGAACUGAAGUGUGGCCAGCAAAGGCCAGUGACUGUCCACUAUGUCCUCAACAGAGAUCGCCAUGAGGGGACGACCAUCAGUCUUGACUUCUUUUACAUCCUGGUGACUCAAGGCAAAAUUGUGGCUAAUGGCAAGCAGCAAGUCAACGUCAGAGUUGGACAACCUGGUACUUUCUCUGUCUCACUGAACGUUGAUGAGAAGUUGGCUUCAAGGGCGAGGAUGCUGGUCUAUAUCUUGCAUGAUAGUGAGCUGGUGGCUGACAGCAUCUCCUUUGAAGUUGAGAAUUGUUUCCGAAACAAGGUCAGUCUGCAGUUCUCUGAGAAACAAGCCCUACCAGCCUCCAGCGUCAUCCUUAACAUCGAAGCUGCCUCCAAUUCCAUCUGUGCCUUGCGAGCUGUAGAUGAGAGCAUCCUAAUUCUGAGGACCGGAGGAGGCCUAUCUUCUGAGAGUGUCUAUAACCAGCUUUCCCGUAUGCACUCUUAUGGCUAUUAUUAUGGGGGACUGGACUUGGAAGAUGAUCCUAAACAGCCAUGCAUUGAGCUGAAACACACCUUUUUUAAAGGCUUGUACUAUUUGCCCGUGAAUGUUACCGAUGACAGGAACGUCUACGAUAUUGUCAAGGACAUGGGUCUCAAGGUUUUCACCAGCUCCCCACUGCAGAAGCCUGUCAUGUGCCAAAGUGAUUUGGAGUGCAAGAAAAUCUCUUCGGAUGAUGACAACCACGAUGGUGCGUUCCCCAAAUAUUCAUUACAAAUGGGUUCGGACUAUAGUGGCCGGUUUGGGGGUCUCGUCGAGACCGUGAGACAGUUCUUUCCCGAAACCUGGAUGUGGGAUGCAGUCUCUAUCAAUUCUAGCGGGAGGGCCAGUCUGUCGUACACUGUUCCAGACACCAUCACGAAAUGGGAAGCCAGCAUCUUCUGUCUGGAAGCCCAGGCCGGGUUUGGCAUCUCCAAGCCAGCACACCUGACAGCUUUCCAGCCGUUCUUUGUGGAACCAACCCUCCCCUACUCCCUUAUCCGGGGGGAGCACUUCAUUCUCAGAGCCAACAUCUUCAAUUACUUGAGCCACUGCAUCGAGGUGAGCGCUGCGUUGGCUGAGUCCCCGGAUUACAAAGCAGAAGCUCUGUCCGCCGAAAGCCCCUUCACAAGGAUAUGUGCAAAUGAAAGAAAGACCCACACUUGGAAAAUUCACCCUCAAAAACUAGGUGCAGUGAAUUUCACGAUUACUGCCGAGGCCAAACCAGGUGAACUGAGCGUGGGACGACGUGACACAGUCAUCCGGCCUCUGUUGGUUGAGCCCGAAGGUGUCAAAAAGGAAGUGACCCAGAGCGCUCUUGUCUGUGUAAAAGGCACAUCAGCUGUUGAAUCGGUGUCCUUGAACUUGCCUCCAAAUGUGGUGGAGGGAUCUGCAACGGCCCACUUUUCCGCCCUCGGUGAUGUUCUGGGCAUGGCUCUGAGCGACACAGAAAACCGUCUCCAGAUGCCUUCAGGGUGUGCGGAACAAAACAUCGCAAUGUUCCUGGCCAAUCUCAUCAUCUUGAACUACCUGAACGACACCCAGCAACUGACAGAAGACAAAAGAGCCUUGUUCAUUGGACGCCUCUCCAGUGGAUACCAGAGUCAGCUGCCGUACAGACGCCCCGAUGGAUCCUUCAGUACUUUUGGGAGCCAAUUUGAAGAAGGAAACCUGUGGGUCACCGUUCUCACCUACAAAGCCUUGGCAGAGAGCAAGAAGUGGAUAUUCAUAGACGACAACGUCCUGGACCGAGCCCUGACCUGGAUCGCAAGCAAGCAGGAGGCAGACGGCUGCUUCCGACAGGCUGAGGAUGUGUUCAAUAAUGCUGUGAAGGAAGAAGGAAAUUAUACCCUUCUGCUGACUGCCAAAGUUGCCGUAUCACUGCUGGAGGCUGGGCGUCCAAGCUCGUACCCGGUGGUGCAACAGUGCCUCUCUUGCUUGGACGCGGCUUCUGCCAGGGGUGUUGACGCCACCUAUGAACAGGCUCUCCUGGCGUAUACCUAUAGCUUAGUUGUGGACGAAAGACGAUGGCAACAGUACUUGGAGGCCUUGAAAAGUUCAGCCACUAGAACAGGAGACCUGCUCCACUGGGAAAGGGAGAGCCGGCCGGCCGCAGAAGCCUUCCCCUCCUUCUAUCCUCGCGCCUCCUCGGCGGAUAUUGAAAUGACUGGCCAUGCCUUGCUGGCGUUCCUCCGCCAACCCAGCCUGUCCCAGGAAGACCUGACUUUUGCCUCGCGGGUCGCUCGGUGGAUCGUCAGGCAGCAGAACGCCUACGGAGGCUUCGCUUCUACUCAGGACACGUACGUUGCACUCCAAGCUUUAUCCUGCUAUGGGGCCCUCACCUUCACAAAAAACGCCCAGAAUACGGUAGAGGUCAGCAGUGCUGGAGGAACCUUCCAGGCCCGUUUCCAGGUGAACAGCAGGAACCGCGUUCUGCUGCAGCGGGCUGCCUUGCCCAGCGUCCCCGGGAACUAUAGCGUAGAAGUGAAGGGCUUCGGAUGCGCCUACGUGCAGACCACCCUGAGGUACAACAUCAUCCUGCCCUCGCAGGCCUCUGGGUUCUCCCUGGCCGUGCAGACAAGGAAUGCUUCCUGCACUGGCAACUUCCUCCCACGGUUUCACCUGGUCCUGACAGCCAGCUACACCGGAAAGCGCAACGUCUCCAACAUGGCCAUCGUUGACAUCAAAAUGCUGUCCGGCUUUCUCCCUGUAGAAUCGUCUCUAGAGCAGCUCCACAGCCAAAUCAUGCACAGAGAAAAGAAGAAUGAUCACGUCCUGUUGUAUCUGAAGAAUGUGUCAUCAAAGGCAAUCACUUUAACGUUCAUUGUAGAAGAAAGCCAUCCUGUAUCCGACAUCAAACCAGCUCAAGUUAAAAUCUACGAUUAUUAUGAAACAGAUGAGUCUGCCCUUGCUGAAUACAACACCGCUUGCCCCCAGAGUUCAUCUUGAGACCAACC